GGCAGCCGCAAGGAAGUCAAGAUGGAGCUGUGGUUCCUCGUGUCUCUCGCCUGCCUGGCCCUUUCGCAGGCAGCGCCCCCGCCCUCUGGCCGGCCCGUGGCCCGUGCGGCCCAGCUCUCCACGGACUUCGGGGCGAGGGUCUUCCGGGAAGUGACGAAGGCCUCCAAAGACCAGAACCUGGCCUUCUCCCCGUUCGGCGUGGCGUCGGUGGUGGCGAUGCUGCAGGUGGCAUCUGGGGGAAACACCCGGGGCCAGAUCAAGGGUGCCCUGAGAUACAGCCUGAAAGAACGGGGCGUUCCGCAAGCCCUGCGGCUGCUGCAGAAGACCCUGACUGACCCCAGGAGCAAGGAUGUGGUGGAGAUGGCCGACGCCCUUUUUGUGCAGCGCGACCUGCCCUUGGUCUCUGGCUUCAUGCUGCGCUUCCGGCGUAUUUUUCACCAGAUGGUCAAACAGGUGGACUUCACAGAGAGGGGCCGUGCACGUGGCAUCAUCAAUGCCUGGGUGCAGCAGCACACCAAUGGGAUGAUCCAGGACUUCCUGCAGGAGGGUACCCUGGGUGCCAUGGUGCGCCUGGUGCUGGUGAACGCCAUCCACUUCAAAGGCCGCUGGCAACUCCCCUUCCCGGAGGCCGCGACGCGCCAGCGGGUCUUCCACAAGCUGGACGGAAGCACCGUCUCAGUCCCCAUGAUGGAGCAGACGGCCCAGUUCAACUACGGUGAAUUCUCCACCCUGGAGCACAUGGGUUACGAUGUCAUCGAGCUGCCCUACCAGGGGGAGAUGCUCAGCAUGCUCAUUGCCACCCCCUUCCAGCUGAAUGCCCCCCUCUCGGCCCUGGCGGCCGUGAUCGACACCCAGCUCAUCGCAGAGUGGAAGAGCAACAUGUCCACUGUGACACGGCUCCUUGUCUUGCCCAAGUUCUCUCUGGAGAGCGAAACUGACCUCCGUGGGCCCCUGGAGGCUCUGGGCAUGACAGACAUGUUUGAUUCCCAGAAGGCCAACUUCAGCUGCCUCUCAGCUGGGGACUCACUCUUUGUGGCUCAGGCACUGCAGAAGGUGAAGAUCGAUGUGAAUGAGAGUGGGACUGAGGCCUCUUCUGCCACAGCUGCAGUCCUCUAUGCCCGGAUGGCACCCUUGGAGAUUGUGCUGGACAGGCCCUUCCUUUUUGUGGUGCGGCACAACCCGACUGGCACCAUCCUCUUCAUGGGGCAGGUGAUGGAGCCCAGAGCGCCCCUCUUCCUUGGCGCCUGACAUCCCUCGGAAGCUGACGCUGGGGAGGACCCAUCUUCGCCUCCCAAAGGCUCCCUCCGGAUGGAAGCCCUGUGACGCUGAGCCCCUUCCCCUGCCUGGCCCUGUCACUCUUGGCAUUGAGGGCAGCAGUGCAAAAACCGGGCACCUCCCCUGAGAGUCACCAUUGGCAGAGGAGGGUCCAGAGAGGAGGCAGCUUGGAGGCACGAGGGGAGAUCUGCCCCCGCUGCCAAGGAAGACCUGGAUCGGAGAAGGGCCUCUUGGUGUCACCCUGAUUCAGGACGCCAGCCUUGUUCAGGCACCGCUGCCUGUUUA